GUAUUGGAACAGUAGAAAAGUGAGAAAUAGAGAUUAUAAUCUCCGUAUUCGAUUUGGAUUCAUCUAUUCAAAAAUUUGAAAAGCCGUCGUUUUAUUGGAUAACAAUGGCUAGCUAUCAUUUAUUUCAUGAUUUUAAUGUUAGAACUUCUAAAUUUAAAGAGUUCUACAGAUAUCGAAAAAGUUUUCUUCACUAUUGCGCAAUCAUUUUUGUUGUUAUCUUUUUAGUUUUCAAUUUGUUUAGUUUUGAUUCAAAUAACUCUGAAUAUGAGAAUGAAGAGCAUUCAAAUAUUAUUGCCCCCGAGCCGAAUUUAAGAAUGAAACUUCCUUUUAUUACAACACCUUCCCCCCCACUAAUUCCAUAUAAUUAUAAAAAACUCCCAAGUUGCCAAUUAAGUAUUGAUUCUCCGAAUCCCCUCCAUGACGCUGAAGCAAUUAUGAACGAGUUCAACAAAUGUGCUUCAAUGCUUUUACUGAGAUUUUCCAUGAAUCCACAAGGAAUGCUUUUUAAUUGGCCAUAUACUAUUUAUGUAUGUGAUGAAGAAGAUUUAACUUCUAAAAUCCCAGUGAGAUCAUUUGAUAAUGGAGAGAAACAAUACUGGGCGAUACUUCCCAACUGUCAAGAAAAAACUACUUUGGUUACUUUAGGAGCAAGUGAUAACACCAAAUCUGAAGACACUUUGAAAAAUCUUCUUGAUGAUUUUGAAACAUUUGGGACUGAUCCAUUCCGUGGAAAAAACAGUGCUUAUGGGAAAUUUUACCAAGUUGCUUUAUCGACCGAUGAUAACAAGUUGCAGCUGGCAAAUGUUUAUGACAAAUUUUCUGAUAAAAACUAUGUGGCAACAAUGAAUCAGUACACAUUCUUCAAUCAAACUGUUGGGGAAAAGAAAAUUGAUAUGCUCUGGAUUACCCCAAAUUCUGGAAACUUCGAAUAUGAAAAAUAUCUGAAUAAAGAUGGAGAGUUUGCAAAAAUGGGAAUCGUUGUGUGCCAAGUUAAUAUUGAAAUAACCAAAAAUGACGCUGAUCGAUGGUUCAAAUUAAUAAAUCCAUUGGUUGAUGAAAAGAGAUUUAUUUUUAUGAGACCAAUUGCAACGGAAGGAGGAGAAUUAAUAAGAACUUAUCUUUUAAAUGUUUCUGAUCCAAUGUGUAUUAGGAAAUAUUUACAGUAGUCGUGUUUGUUUUUUUUGUUUUCUUUGUCUGAUUCAUAAAGAGAAUUAUUACCUUU